AUGACUAUUAACAACCUAAUUGUGUCACUGUUGACUGACAACAAGCUCUCUGGAGCUAAUUUUGUCGAAUGGAAAGAGCACAUUAAUAUUGCUCUCUUAGGUGAAAACUCCAUGUUUGUGUUAACUGAAGAAGCUCCUAAGCAACCAGGUGAGAAUGAAACCAAGGUAGUUAAGGAAAAGUUUGAGCGUUGGCAGAAUGCUAACAAUAAAGCUCGAUACUUUAUGUUGUCUAGCAUGGUUGAUACCUUGAAAACAAGAUUUGCAAACACUCUUACGGUUGUAGAAAUCAUUAACCAGCUAACUGAACUGUUUCGAAUGAAAGGAGGAAACAAAGCUCCUAUUUCUAGUACUGCUGCUGCUGAUACGACAAAGCCUGAGGCAAACAUUGCCUCUACUUUGAAACCUAAGAAGAAGAAAUGGAAGAAUAGCAAGAAGCCUCUUAAAGUUGUUAACAUAGCUAAUAAGGGUAAAAAGGCUACUAAUCCAAAAGCAAAGGAAAAAAGGAAAUUGCUUCUAUAG